AUGCCACUGUGCCAGUGGGGCGCCACCAUCCGGGGCAGUAAGCCCAAUGGAGACGGAGCUCAGCCCCUGGUUGCCAAGGGAGGCCUGAGGGUGCUUCUGCACUGGGCUGGGCCUGACGGCGGGGAGCCCUGGGUCACCUUCAGUGAAGCCUCGCUGACAGCUGAGGAGAUCUGCAUCUCUAUCGCCCACAAAAUCGGCAUCACUCCAUUCUGCUUCAAUCUGUUUGCACUGUUCAAUGCCCAGGCCCAAGUCUGGCUGCCCCCAAACCACAUCCUUGAGGUCCCCAGAGACAGCAGCCUGAUCCUGUACUUUCGCAUGAGGUUUUAUUUCCGGAACUGGCAUGGCAUGAAUCCUCAGGAGCCGACUGUGUAUCGUUAUGGUCCCCCCGGGGCUGAGACUUCCUCAGAUCAAGCAGAGCAGGGACUGCAAUUCCUAGACCCGGCCUCCUUUGAGUACAUCUUUGAGCAGGGCAAGCAUGAGUUUGUGAAUGAUGUGGCCUCACUGUGGGAGCUGUCAAGUGAGGAGGAGAUGCACCACUUUAAGAAUGAGAGCCUGGGCAUGGCUUUUCUGCACCUCUGCCACCUCGCUCUUCGCCGUGGCGUCCCCCUGGAUGAGGUGGCCAAGAAGAUCAGCUUCAAGGAGUGCAUUCCACGCUCCUUCCGGCAGCAGAUCCAGCAGCACAACGCACUGACGCGCCUGCGCCUGCGCAGCAUCUUCCACAGGUUCCUGCAGGCCUUCCAGCCGGGCCACCUCUCCCAGCAGCUCAUCAUGGUCAGGUACCUGGCCACGCUUGAGCUGCUGGCGCCCCGCUUUGCCAGUGAGCACGUGCCUGUGUGCCGCCUGGAGCUGCUGGCCCAGGCUGAGGGGGAGCCCUGCUGCAUUGGGGGCCACGGGCAGGCCCCUCCAGACCCAGGACCUGAGUCUGCUGCCAGACCUCCUACCCAUGAGGUGCUGGUGACAGGCACCGGGGGCAUCCAGUGGCGGCCAGUGCAGGCAGAGGUGAGCAGGUGUUCUGGUGGCAGCAGCAGUGGCAGCAGGAAUCCUCAAGCCAGCCCUUCCAGAAGGAAAGCCCAGGCUCAGGAGGUGGGCAAACAGCAAGCCAGCAGGCGGAAGGGGCUGCCCUGGGCCUCCUUCUGUGACUUCCAGGACAUCAGCCACCUGGUGGUGAAAGAGCACUGCGUCAGCAUCCACCGACAGGACAACAAGUGCCUGGAGCUGACUCUGCCUUCCCGGGGCACAGCCCUGUCCUUGGUAUCGUUGGUGGAUGGCUACUUCCGCCUGACAGUAGACUCCAGCCACUAUCUGUGCCACGAGGUGGCGCCCCCACGGCUGGUGAUGAGCAUCCAGGAUGGCAUCCAUGGACCCCUGCUGGAUCCAUUUGUGUUGGCCAAGCUCCAGCCUGAAGACGGUCGCUACCUUAUUCGCUGGAGCACCAGCCACCUCUACCGCCUCAUCCUCACAGUGGCUCAGCGUGACCAGGCUUCCACCUCGAAGAGCUUGCGCCUACGGAAGUUCACCAUUGAGCAGCAGGCUGAGACCUUCACGCUGGAAGGCUGGGGCCAGUCCUUCCCCAGCGUGGGGGCCCUGCGGGCCGCGCUGCAGGGCUGCUCGCUGCGCAUCGGAGAUGACUGCUUCUCCCUGCGCCAUUGCUGCCUGCCGCAGCCAGGAGAGCUCUCCAACCUCAUCAUCACGCGGGGACCUCGGGCCAGCCCCACCUUCAACCUCAGCCAGCUCAGCUUUCACCAGAUCCGCCGAGACGAGAUCACCCAGCUGUCCCACUUGGGCCAGGGCACAAGGACCAACGUGUAUGAGGGCCUCCUGCGUGUGGUGGGCGGGGCCCCUGAGGAGGACAAAGAGGAUAGUGGGGACCCGUCUGCGCCCAGCUGGGGCUGUGGGCAGGAGCUGCGAGUGGUGCUCAAGGUGCUAGACCCCAGUCACCAUGACAUCGCCCUGGCCUUCUAUGAGAUAGCCAGCCUAAUGAGCAAGGUCUCCCACAUGCACCUGGCCUUUGUGCACGGUGUCUGUGUGCACGGCUCUGAGAACAUCCUGGUGACGGAAUACGUGGAGCACGGGCCCCUGGAUGUGUGGCUGCGGCGGGAGAGGGGCCACGUGCCUGUGGCCUGGAAGGUGGCAGUGGCCCAGCAGCUGGCCAGCGCCCUCAGCUACCUGGAGGACAAGCAUCUGGUACAUGGCAACGUGUGUGGCCGGAAUAUCCUCCUGGCUCGGCCAGGCCUAGCAGAGGGCACCAGCCCCUUCAUCAAGCUGAGUGACCCAGGCGUGGGCCUAGCUACCCUCUCUAGGGAGGAGCGGGUGGAGUGGAUCCCCUGGAUGGCUCCUGAAUGCCUGUCUGGGGGGGCCAACAGCCUGAGCACCGCGGCCGACAAGUGGGGCUUUGGUGCCACCCUCUUGGAGAUCUGCUUUGACGGCGAUGCCCCCCUGCAGGGCCGCAGCCUCUCUGAGAAAGAGCGUUUCUACCAGAAGCAGCAUCAGCUGCCCGAGCCCUCCUGCCCAGAGUUGGCCACCCUCACCAGCCAGUGCCUGACCUACGAGCCAGCCCAGCGGCCAUCCUUCCGCACCAUCCUGCGGGACCUCACUCGGCUGCAGCCCCAGAAUCUUGUUAACGUCUCGGCUGUGAGCCCGGACUCCCCAGCGGCAGACCCCACCGUUUUCCACAAGCGCUAUUUGAAAAAAAUCCGGGAUCUGGGCGAGGGUCACUUCGGCAAGGUCAGCUUGUACUGCUAUGACCCGACCAAUGACGGCACUGGCGAGAUGGUGGCAGUGAAGGCGCUCAAGACAGGCUGCAGCCCCCAGCUCCACUCGGGCUGGAGGCGCGAGAUCGAUAUUCUGCGCACGCUCUACCACGAGCACAUAGUCAAGUACAAGGGCUGCUGUGAGGAUCCAGGCGUGAAGUCAGUGCAGCUGGUCAUGGAGUACGUACCACUAGGUAGCCUCCGAGACUACCUGCCCCGGCACAGCGUGGGGCUGGCCCAGCUGCUGCUCUUCGCUCAGCAGAUCUGCGAGGGCAUGGCCUAUCUGCAUGCGCAGCACUACAUCCACCGAGACUUGGCUACACGUAACGUGCUGCUGGAUAACGACAGGCUGGUCAAGAUUGGGGACUUUGGCUUGGCCAAGGCCGUGCCUGAAGGCCACGAGUACUACCGCGUCCGCGAAGAUGGGGACAGCCCCGUGUUCUGGUAUGCCCCUGAGUGCCUGAAGGAGUGCAAGUUCUACUAUGCAUCUGAUGUCUGGUCCUUCGGGGUCACCCUGUAUGAGCUGCUGACCCGCUGUGACCCUAGCCAGAGCCCCCCUUCGAAAUUCAUCGAGCUCAUAGGCUUCACCCAGGGCCAGAUGACAGUGCUGAAGCUCACUGAGUUGCUAGAGCGAGGGGUGAGGCUGCCACGGCCAGAGGCGUGUCCCUGUGAGGUGUAUCACCUCAUGAAGAACUGCUGGGAGGCAGACGCCUCCUUCCGCCCAACCUUCCAGAACCUCAUCCCCAUCCUCAAGACAGUCCACAAGAAAUAUCAAGGCCAGGCCCCCUCAGUGUUCAGCGUGUGCUGA